AUGGUUCAGGUGGAAGAUGAGCCACGCGCUUCCGUUGAAGGUGGAUGCGGAAAUAUCCUGGGAUGUGGUGCUCGCGACGGUGACGGCGGCGAGGAGCAUCGCCGGGUUGAAAUCGGCGGUAUCGGCACAGUGCAGGGUGUCAUCGCCGGAUCUGUCGCCGGAGAAGGUGUAUUUUCAGCUGAGAAAUCGAUUCACGAAGCUAGGUCCACGGAGGUACCGUCCUCUGAGCCAGAUGCUUCAACGAUCCUUCCACCUCAACUUACAAUUUUCUUUGGUGGGGUUGUUAGUGUGUUUGAUGGAAUCCCAGCAGAAAAGGUUUGCACAUCUACUGCUGCUUCUCCAGCUGCGCAGACAUUCCCCAUUCACCCGAUUUCGUUUUGCAGAUCUGCGGCUGAUCUACCAAUUGCAAGGAGGCAUUCGCUUCAGCGAUUCCUUGAGAAAAGACGGGACAGAUUGGUUAGCAAAAGCCCUUACCCUGUUUCAGACAUCAAGAAGACAGAUGUGCCAACAGACAAUGCCUCUGUUAAGGAAGAAUAUCCGACUGCUUAG